CCCCCCCCCCCCCCCCCCCCAUAACUCAAUUCUCUUGAAGGGCGAUCCUACCAGCGAGCCUUUCUACUUCACACAUUCGCACAUCGCUAACUCCUUCCCGACCUCGCCAAAUCGCAACCCUGGCUCUUCAACCUAAGGCCUUCGGCGAAGGCCCUGAAGCUGUGGCCAAAAUGGCCCAGCCAACAGGCGAGCCCGUCGAGGAGUACGACUAUGAGUCUCUGCCCCCUAAUUUCUCCUUAGCCCAAAAUAUGAUCGCUGGCGCCUUCGCCGGUAUUGCCGAACACACAGUUAUGUACCCAAUUGACGCGAUCAAGACGCGAAUGCAGAUACUUAACCCGGUGGGGGCGAACGCAGUCUACAAAGGCAUGAUACAGAGUACCAUGCGCAUAGCAAGUGGAGAGGGUGUAUUGAAGUUAUGGCGGGGGAUGUCAAGUGUUGUCGUCGGAGCUGGGCCUGCGCACGCAGUCUACUUUGCGACAUAUGAGGCCGUUAAGCAUCUUAUGGGUGGCAACCGAGCUGGUGUACACCACCCACUAGCAGCAGCAACAAGUGGGGCUUGCGCAACCAUAGCCAGUGAUGCGCUUAUGAACCCCUUUGACGUGAUCAAGCAACGCAUGCAGAUACAAAAUUCGAGCAAGAUGUACCGCUCUAUGAUGGACUGCGCUCGAUACGUCUACAGAACCGAAGGUUUAUCGGCCUUCUACGUCUCAUAUCCAACCACUUUAUCUAUGACUGUACCCUUUACAGCCCUCCAAUUCCUCGCAUACGAAUCUAUAUCUACGACAAUGAAUCCCAGCAAGACGUACGAUCCGUUUACGCAUUGCAUGGCAGGCGCCGUUGCGGGGGGUUUCGCAGCAGCUCUAACUACACCAAUGGACGUUAUCAAAACUAUGCUACAAACCCGAGGUACAGCUUCCGACCCGGAGCUUAGGUCGGUGAAUGGAUUCACGGCAGGCUGCAGGCUAAUGUACCAACGGGAGGGCCUACGCGGGUUCUUUAAAGGAGUUCGGCCGAGAGUGGUCACCACAAUGCCGAGCACAGCCAUCUGCUGGUCAGCUUACGAAGCUUCCAAGGCAUACUUCAUUCGUGCCAACACGUCAUCGUCCGUGAUGGGUUGAAUCAGGCAACAAUCCAGUGUUGUUUUCUUGAGGUAUCCAUGAAGACUCCACAAAUCGGCUCCCUUUGUUGCCGAUCCUCCCGCCAUCAGGAUAUCUCCGAGGUACAAGACCGAGCCCGAGGCUGCGAAGUCUGUUAUCCUAAAUUUGUCUGACUUGGGCUGCUUGGGCUGACGUGCCCUGUC